GCUAGACCUCCCUGCCCGCUCUGGAACGGAGCUCCUCGCUCGCGCUCUCUUUCGUCGUUUUGAUGGAGGACGGGCAGGAAGAACCGGUUCAGUGUCAGUCGAGUCGAGAGUCCGGCCCAGUUCCCUCAUCAUGAGUGCCCCUUUUCGCGUGAUCUUCGUCCUCGCCUUCGCCUUCGCGUCCUCGCUGUGUCCUCACGCCUCGGCCUUGCCAUCACCCACGGACUGCAGCCCCGCCCGACAGUACUUCCGUCGUCGAAAUGUCACAGAGACGCUUGGAACGGGUCCCGGCUUGUGCGCCGGCGACAUCGGAUGCUGCACCGGCUUCACCUCUGCCGACAUGACCCGCGCGGGGAUCGCGGACCUGCAAGACGGCAUCCGCGACACCAGCGCCGCCCUCCGCCACCUCUUCACCUCCACCUCCGUCGACAUCCACGAGACGUUCUUAAGAGAAUUGAACGUGUCGGAGGAAUACACGCUGAAGUUCUUCCACAUGCACUACGCGGAUAUCUUCAGCGAGGUGAAGGGCGACGUGGUGGAGCUGUUUCGGAGCCUGAGAGAGCGGUUCGCAGAAGGCGAGGCGAUCGGGGACGAGGUGCAGGGAAUCGGGGACACGGUGCAAGAGUUCUUCGACCGUCUGUUCCCGUACGUGUACCACCAGAUCGUGGAACCGAAGGCGGAGGCGUUCACCGAGGAAUACAGGGAAUGCCUGAGACGGCACCGACGGGAGCUGAAUCCGUUCGGUCGAGUGCCGGGUGACAUCGCGGCAUCGGUGCACCGGAGCUUCAAGGCACUGCGAGCGGUGAAUGGGGCGUUGAAGACGGGAGAAGAGGUACUCCAGGCGCUCGUGGACGGCGCGGAGCGGAUCGGGAUCGAAAGCUGCGGCAUGGCCCUGGGGAGACUCAGGCCUUGCUCCUUCUGCUCUCCAUCUUCACGCUCUUCAUCCUCGCCUCCGUCGCCGUGUCCCGGGUUCUGCAUGAACGUUCUCCGGGGAUGUCUCGCGCCGUGGAGCGAACUGGACCUCCCGUGGAACGAGUUCCUCGACUCCCUCGCCAUCGUGUUGGGGUCGGGGAAAGGACGGACCCGUGGACGCCCUCACGUCCAGAUCCCCAUUCAGGACGUAGAUCUCAAGAUCUCCGAGGGGAUCAUCCUCGCCUACGAGAACGACGCCGCUCUGGAGAAACAGGUCAAGAAAGCGUGCGGUUCCGCCGAGCGAAGCACGACUCACUUCCGAACGGACGAGGACCUGGGCAAAUCCGCCCUCCUCACCAACACCCGCCGGAGUCUGGCGCUGCCGGCCCCCAAGGAGGACGGCGAGGAGGAGGAGGAGGAGGAGGACUUCCGCACUGUCCUCCUCAGGUCCAAGGGCUUCUUCGCCAAUCUGGCCGAUGCCGUCUGCAGUCGGGACGCGUUCUCAGCGCACAAGGAGGUUCACUGCUGGAACGGAUCUGCCGUCGGGGAGUACUCGCGGCGCAUCGCUGGGAUCGGGCAGAGCGGCCAGAUGUCCAACCCGGAGGUAUUGGCGCCCGCCGCCCCAGAUCACCAGGUCCUCGGCUUCGUAGAACGCCUACGCAUCUACCGAAAGGAGCUGGUGAGCUUAUGGCCCGGCGUUGGUCACGGCUACGGAAGCCUGGUGGCGAGCGAGGAGGAAGAAGGAAGUGGAGCGGGGGAGGAAGGGAGCGGAGCCGUCCAUCCUCACUCGCAGCCCCCCCACUUGGACCUGGACUACGAGGUGUGGGGGGGCGCGGAGGGGUCUGGAGAGGGAUCGGGUGGGGGCAUCCACCCGCCGCCGCAUCCUCGUCCGCCCACGCAUCAUCCAGCGUCGGAGGCUCCACCGGACAUCGGAUUCGGCGAGGAGGACGAGGACGUGGUCGUGAAGACAAGCGGAUCCUCGGUCGUCGUUUUCGGGUCCUUCCUCACGCUCCUCCCGUGCCUGUGUGCGCUCUUCGCCGCGUCCACGUGAAGCGAAGGGCCCAGGACUCGAACCGUGUGAUACUCCCGACUCGGUCGUCGACCGAGAACGGCAGCUGCCAGCGUCAACUGUGAUGUCAGAUUAACGUGAUUUUUCCUCCGAGAAUUUAUGUGUUGUUUGUCUGCAGAGAAGGCCCGUGAUACCUCGGGAUUCCUCCCUCCCUCUCCCCCUCCUCUUCCUAUGCGAUCGAACGAGAACAUGAAAAAAGUCCCUUCCGUGUGCCAUACUCACGAGUGCCAUCCUGUCACAAACGCCCCCCUCGUCGCAUUCGCCCCCCCCCCCCCC